AUGUCGCUCAUUUCUAGCAUCUUCGGCGAACGACGAAGCAACAUCUUCGACCCAUUUUCUCUGGAUAUUUGGGACCCCUUCGAGGGCUUCCCUUUUAGCACAACCCUCAGCUCUGUGCCCAAUUCGGCUCGAAAAACCUUUGCCUUCGUUAGUGUCUGCAUCGAUUGGAAGGAAACCCCAGAAGCACACGUAUUCAAGGCUGAUCUUCCAGGGCUGAAGAAGGAAGAAGUGAAGGUGGAAGUAGAGGAGGGAAGGGUCCUGCAGAUUAGUGAAGAGAGGAGCAGGGAGCAUGAAGAAAAUGACAAAUGGCACCGGGUGGAGAGGAACAGCGGCAAGUUUUUGAGGCGAUUCAGAUUGCCGGAAAACACAAAGAUGUAA